CUUCACUCGUCUACCCUAAGAUCUACAACCUCAGCCACAUCCAUACAGCCAGACAACUAUAUCCCGUUGUAACCUCUUCAACGACAACGCUCGCAGUACCAACAAACAACUUCGCUCUCGUCAAUCGACUCAAUAUCCGGUCUUCCACACACCGCUUACCGCCCAAUCAAUUCACCACCCAAUAAACCCUUUCUCGACGCAACCGUGGCAAAAUCGAACAAUGGCGCGAUCGACAAGUAGUAAUCGAAGCAGUAGUAGUAGUAAUUCCCACGAGAGUUCCUACUACGACCCCAGCGCCAAUGUCCGCGCUUCCUGCUAUGCCGUGAACACCUGCACUACGGAGCUUCAGGGCUUUCAUUACUCUACUACGGGGGCCGGCGGGGUUGAUUGGCGUUCCUGAGGUCAGCUCGGGAAUGCCUUCACCUCCGCAGAGUCCCCCCCUCGCCGCCAGACACGCACCUGUCGCCAAGCCGUCAUCAAACCGCGGCAGCCGGGCGCGCAGAGGGGGGGCUGCACAAACCAUUACGGGAGAGUGUGAGAGACUCUUCUGCGAGACACUACGAACUGUUUUUCUGGGUGAGGGAAACUUGGCUCGUCAGGACUCGCUUGUAACGGGUGUGCAUAACUACAAUCAAUACUCUACUUCCGAUAUCAGCGACUACGGUGUCGACGUCCGACGAUAUACGGAGAGACCGAGCGGCGCCGUGCCGUCGCCUGAAAUGGAGGGCGGCAUGGUCUCGGAAGAGCAAGACAACGGCCUGGUCAGCGACUGGGUCGAGAUCUGGGACUACGUGGGCGGGAACCGGUUCCGGGGCUUCGUGGCGGAGAAGGACGGCGAGAAGACGCUGUUCGUCUUCUUCGACCAGCUCGUCAUCGGCGGCGAUCUCAAAGCCGCCCUCAUGGCGCUCCUCGAGCUCUGCGACGUCCCCUACUUCUCCUGUUCCCGCCUCGUCGCCUGCAUCGACCGACACGCAGAGGCGCAUGCCACCGAGGCGCUGAGCAAAGACCUGGGCUGGAUCGGAUUCCAGCUCACCACGCUGGACGACUUCACUAGCGGAGACGAGAUCACGAGCAACAAGUGGCUACUCAUGGAUAUGGAAGUGUGAACUUAACCCCUUCAUCCCUUUCCACUUCCGCCUGUCUUUUCCACAUUUUGUGUUCUUUUUCUUUUCUAAUCCAAGCAUGGAGUUUGUUUCCUGUGUUCCGGGGGGAUUUUCAUUUGUUUGGACAAUUCCCCCAUCCGCGCGUUUCAGAGGGAAACGGCGUCAACGAAGUUCUUCUAGUUAUUUCUUCCACUGGCUUUUUUUUAAGUAAAGGGGGUCUUCGUUAUCUUUCACCUCAAUUCAUCAAUCAUGACCCUGUGUAAUUCGUUUUCUUGCAUGGUGUGCCUCCAUCGUUUGGCGCUUUGUGGGAUGUUUUCGCUACUGUCUGAUCGUUAGUUGCUUCAGUUGACUUUGUUUUCUUGUUAUAGUUGAAUGCAAAUAAGCUAUUUGAAACCUACUUGGGAAGAUUUUGCCAGUGAUGUGAAGUGAUUUACACAG